CUCUCGAGAAAGGAAGAACCCCCGCCGGCAACCGCAGAAUGCUUACCCGCCUGCCCUCGCGCUUCUCAGUCGUCUUCGCCGCUCCGCCGGGCACACCGGUUCGCCCAUAUGCCAUGCCGUAAGACGCGCCUACCAGCGCGAACUGCCGAGCACAGCCUGGUCGUCGUCGCGACGCGGCUGUGGCCGAUGACGUGACCGCGGAUCGCGAAGAGAAAAGAGAGUCGAGUGGGAAGUGAGAACCAUCGCUUCUCGGCUGAAGCGGAACAAGCCGUGUGGAUACCAUAGGACGAAAAAGCGCGCGCGAGAGAGGACUUCGUUUCAUUUUGUGAACGGUGGUUUUGUGUGUGGGUGGUGAAAUCGACGUCGAGCGCAAGGACGAUAUGUGUGCGCGAGGUGCGCCCGACGGCGCCGUUCGACAGCUUUCGUCGUGCCUGCCUGUGAGAAUCGGAAGCCGUGCUUCGGUGCUUGCCUUGGCUGUCACGCUGUGCACGGUGGUGUUGCUGUGCGCGUUCGAGCCGGCAGCGGCUAGUGCAGUGCCCAGGACACACGUUCGGAGGCAAGUUACUGACGACAGAGAAGUGUUCCUGCUUACCACCAACUCGCCGCAGCGUCUGGCUGAAACUGGAACAGUGGAAUCGAAUCCCGAGCCGAAAAGGGUCAGAUGCUUUUACUUCAAGACGCGGCCGGUGCGCACCUACUGCCACGUUCUGGGCCUGACGGGCGUCAUCACGGCGCAAGCUGCCGAGAACGAAUGCCGGACCAUAUCCAUGGACAUUAUCAGCAUGAAUACCACGCCCAUGCACCGACUCUGUACUCUGAUGAAGCUCUUCGGGCUCGAGGAGCACAAACUCUGGCUUGCCGACGUAUUGAACCAACCUGAACCUCUUACAUGGGAUGAGUGCAACAUUGAAGUACUAACCGCAAAUGUAACAAAGGCGCCUUCGAAUUGCAGCAUCUGCAACAUAGCAGUCGUUUGUGACGCUGGAUUCUACCAUUCGACUGGAUCAAAUUGCGUCGUCGUAGAACAUGACAAUAAUGAUGUGGAAUAUUGCUAUUACGACGACAAGGCCACCGCUCUGGAGAGUCGGGAUCGCUGCCUAACGCAGCCGUCGCAUUCGAUGCUUAUGAAUGUGUGGCUGCUGAAUAGCACACAGCUGGACUACGUAAGGCGUCUAGUGCGUACCGACUUGGAGUUCUGGGUUGACCUGAAACAGGAAGACGUGAGAGAGUUGAGCGGCGUGGUUGCUUUCGACGCUGACAGCAUCGACUGGGACUCGUCAUGCUUCACAGUGUGGUUUGGCCGUGACGUUCCAUGGUUCUUCAGGCGAAACUGUAGCGAGAUAUAUCCAGUGGUAUGCGAGGACAGCACCAAAACUUGGAGUCAAAGAAAAAAUCUCUUGAAUGAUUGUACUUACCACAAGUCAGAGACUUGGAUGUUUGACUACUGUGUUCCGGAAGGCCGUACAUUUAACAUGGCCGCUGGCUCCCGGUUCUGCGGUAACCACUCCAUGUCUUUGUUGAAAGGAAGAACGCUACACGAACUCUUCUUCGUCUACACACGCAUGGACAACCAGUCUACUGAUGCGCUUGAGAAGUUCCUCAUGUGGGAAGCAAGCAGCCCUACCCCCAGGAACCAAAAGCAGGACACAUGCCCCGCUGUCAGCUUUUUAACCUCACCACUUGCAGUGGUUUCACGAAACUGCUCUGAAAAAUUGGGAUAUAUCUGUAGGCAUACGAAGCAACCGAAGACUCAUCGCUUCAACUGUGAAAAUGUGAAGAGGACUCAAACGACCCGCCCUCCAACCUGCGUGAAUCAUUCUUACUUGACCUAUGAAGAAAGCGUCAAAGCCUGCAAUGCCGUCGGUAUGAACCUACUGCCAGAGAAUUUGGACAUAAACACUUACGAAAAUCUGCUGAUGGCCUACGGAGAACACGGGCGCCACCGUGAUCACACUUUCUUCUGGCUCAGUUCUCCGAGAAGUGACAGGAACCACUGCUUGGCACUCGUUCGCAACUAUACCAUAUCGAUAGUCGAUGGAAUAAACUGUUCCAUGAGACUACGUUCACUCUGUGUGUUUGCCAACAUUAUAACACACCCGCCGAUUCCCGCUACUACGCCUACUGCCAAAGCUACUGUCGCUGCUGCUAGCACUAGCGCACCUAUUAGUACCAGUUCUCCUGUUCCUGGACCCACAACUCACUGUCCUUCAGUAGACGGUUGGCCAUCCACCAAGAUUGGAUCAACAUUCAGCACACGUUGCUGUGAAGACUGCGAUGGAGGUAUGAACAGAAAGUGCGAAGAAAAUGGCCAAUGGUCUGCGUACAUAAACAGGAAUAGCUGCGUGUCAAAGGACGUUAACAGAGCAUCCCAGCGUCUCAAUAACAGCACGAACAUCGCCGAAGUUACCCAGAUAUUUCAGGAGCUAAAUGGAAAGGUAGAAAAUACUGGGGACAUCAACGUCAUAUCUUCCAAUUUCGAAAAAGUUUUACAAAGAUUCGACAGCUACCUGGCGAACUUAAGCGAAAUUGAACGGGCCAAUGAGACACGGCAGCUGGCCACAACAGUUGUUGAUCUAGCCAGCCAUGCCAUGCAAAAAGAACAUAUCUGGGGCAGCAUGCAGAAGGAGGAGCGGCUUGACGCGGCGGCCAGCCUUAUCAACAGAGUCGAAGAUUUUGUGAUCAAGAUGAUCGGAUUCAAUGAUCCACUCUUCAAUGAAACAACACUCGGAACCGGAAAUACCACUAUCAAGGUAAAGCCAGUGACCGACCACGUGUUGGAAGCCGGCACCAAUCUUAGCGCCCUCACUGGCGCGACUGUACAGUUGUCUCCUGGCUUCUUGAAAACAGGAACAAAAAACGCAAGCAUCAUAUUUUCUGAAAACACCCUUGUGAAAAACCUGUUUGGCAGCACGUCGCCAGAAGGGUCACCUGACUCUCCGAUCUUGGCAACAUCUUUUGUCACUGCAUCGGUGGUGAUCGAGGGCAAGCGGACUUCGAAUAUAAACGGCAACGUGAUGCUUUCAUUCACAUUCGAAAGUCUUGGAAAAGGCUUUACUCCAAAGUGCUCAUUUAUUGAAUCUAAUGCUCACGGCAAGAGCAAAUGGAGCACCGAUGGUUGCGAAGUGGCGGCCAUCACAAAUGGGACAAUUGUAUGCUCAUGCAAUCAUCUGACCGUGUUCGCUGUCCUCAUGAAUCCUGUAAGCAACUUCAGCUACACCGACAUCGAUGCACUAAAAUGGAUCACAAAGAUUGGAUGUGGCAUCUCUAUUGUUUGCCUCGUUACCUGCAUUGUUAUAUUCAGUGUGUACAGGCAACUAAAGGGCAUCAGGAAUACCAUCCAUCGAAACCUAUGCUUAUCGCUUUUGUUCGCUGAAAUCCUUCUCUUGUCUGGAAUGGAGCGAGACAUGCGGAAAACAGCCCCGGACAUACCUUGCGCCGUCGUGGCCUUCUUCCUUCACUUCUUCUUCUUGUCGGUCUUCGGGUGGAUGGCGUUGGAAGGCUGCCACAUCAUCGUGCUCCUCUGGAAAGUGUUCAACCAGAAGCGCACAUACUACGAGAGGUACUACUUCGCCGGCUACGGAAUUCCCCUUUUAAUCGCAGGCAUCACUCUUGGUUCUCGAUACGAGCUGUACAUUUACAGAAAACCAAGCGAUCCAUUCUGUUGGCUUCCCGAAGAAAAAGGUGUACGGUACAGUUUUAUCGGCCCCGUUGCAGCAGUUGUACUCCUCAAUUUGGGCGCACUUAUACUCGUGCUUUGGAAGAUGUCUCACGUCCGCUGUGUGGUGGAGAAGACGACGGCAGAGAAAGUUCAGAACUGGGUGAGAGGAACGUUCAUCCUGCUGCCCAUACUGGGCGUGACCUGGCUCUUCGGCUUCCUCAUGCUUGGAGAUGAUAAACUUCAUACGGUUGGAGCAUAUUUAUUCACAAUCUUCAAUUCCCUUCAGGGACUGGGAAUAUUUGUUUGCCACGUCUUCAUGAGCAAGAAGACAAGAGAAGCGAUAUUCAGGAGCAUUGUUUCCACGGGAAGCCUGGUGAAAGGAUCGAUGUCGUCGCGACCGUCAGGUUCCGGAUCCUCGUCUUCCAAGACCACUUGGUACCCAAUCUCCUUAUCAUCGAACUCUACCUCCCACUCCUCGUCCUCCUCUAAGGGCAUCCAAACAAACGAUGCCGAACAACCCUCGCAGUCGUUCGACACUGAAGCUACGUCGUGGACGGCCCUCCAGUGGUUGCCCGGAACCCGCUUCAGGUACAACCUGCGGCUGAAUCAGGGUGACGCCAGGCCGCUGCGAAGCAGAGUCCGCUUCGACGGAGGGGAGCAACGCGGCCAUCCCGCCCUCUCUAAGUUCCGAUGGGCCAGAAGCAUCGUUGUGUGACGCACAGCGCGCGAAACCCGAGUGCACCUGGGGCAGCUGUUCCUGCGGCGUUGACUGGCAUCGCGGCUGCAACAUUUAUGUGACCCAUUUUGCUUACACACGGAAUUUUCGCAGAAAGCUUGCGCGAAUCUUACAUCACAACGUUUCGGAAUGCAGUAUUCACUGCGAAGCAUUGGCAUGACCAUAAUGGAGCUCACCAUGAACGUUGCUUCUUUCAUGGUGAGCACGCACGCUAAUCACGCACGCUAAGUUCACACGUAACUCAAACUUGCGUUAGCACAUUGAUUACGCAACCAAUAUAAGGCUAGCUGCAUAGCAUUGCAUUGCCACAAAAUAUGCACUGCUUUGUCUACUGGUUGGCUUGUUGUCGACUAAAGUGGCAGCUUACGUGUAGUAAAAAGUGCAGGGAGUAGUGUGAGUAGGUUUUUACGGCAUGCCCUUGACGAAUCAGGCUGUCAACACGUUCAGGAAUGAGACCUAAAUGGGCAUGAAUUUUUGGCCUUAAAGAAAACCUAAUUGGACGCCGUUAACAGCGGACUUUGCACGGCCUUCCGCACGUGCGUGCACGUGCGAUAAACUGCACAUGUCGCAGACAGGUGCUAAAAUUUCGGUUUACACGGCAUGUGCGGAAGGCCACGCGGGUUGAACUCAAGUCGGCCCUAACAUGCAACGUUGCAGAAUGCGGAUAGCAACAGCGAGUGCAAAGAUGUCAGGUCACUAAACAGCCAUUGAUAACAUAAUUCGGUGGCAAAUAUUUUACGCUCAAUCGACGAGUUAAAAGGCGCCUAAACAAAUACUGUCCGAGCUAUCUCAAAGCAUGGUGUUUCGUUGCUAACAUCUCUGUUUGUGUAAAAGAAUACAGUCUUUAUAUGGACUUGAAAAUUACCAAUUCAAACAUUUUCAUUUGUGGGCCUAGAUGAACAGAUAACUGAGUCCACGUGUGAUGCAAGGCUCGCGCAAAUAAGAGCUAAGAUUUCCUGGCAACAUUUUUAUGGUGAUUUAUAACAAUGAUGUCAGCCGACGACUACUCAGCCAACAUCAUGCACAUAACGUAGGGCAUGUGCAGUGCUCAUUCCUUUUUGCUAAUGAUUUCUGUCGUUGACUGUGUAGGUGGAAGUAGCAGUCAUUCACAUCUUGAAGCGCCUAUAAACCAGCGAUCUCGCAAGGUUAGUCAGGGAAAACAAAUGUGUCCAAGAAUUUUUGUUUCGUAAAGCUUUGCUUAAUCGACCUUUCGCUACGUUCGAUUCACUUGAAUCAUUUACAUCAUUUAGGCUACCGUUACACUAUUCAACACUUCCCUAAGAAGCAAAACAGUAGGUGAAGAAUUGCGGAGGCAUAUCCCGGCUUGUUACAUCCACCUAUGAUUUGUAUGUAAUUUGAUUGUCCCUUUAUUAUAUAGCAACACCCGUUGUAUAAACAGGCUGUCACACAUUACAAGCACAAUACCAACACACAGGCAUAACAGCGAUGCUCUCUGUGUUAGAUAACGGUGCAAAUGGUUAAAAAAGGUUUUGGUGUUUCCCUUAUUAAUUUGUUUUUACACGUCACAAUACCCUCUUAUCUACAAGAUUGAACGCCAAAAUUUUGCAGGUCAACUACACAGUGUGCAGCCUUCGUAUGAGCGCAAAAUUCUGGUCAUCGUUCGGACAUAUCUUACGAGCCCUACGUGUCUGUUGUACAUAUAGGAAAUACCAAGCACACCUUUGUGCGAUAAAUCGUUCGCAUACAAACCUGUCUGAAACAGAUUUUUAUGAACUAAAGAGCGAAACUGUUUACCGCAUGGUAUAAGUUCUAUAGUAAGCGGAAAAUGCAGUGCUAACGCGGAUAAGAAAUCUUGAAUGCCUUAAUUUUAAAGAGGACAGUUGCGCAUAGAAACGGUAAAGGUUACAAUAACAAGUUUGUUCACAAUAACCUAAACGAAGUUUUAUAUGCUAUCAUCACACGGCUAGUUGGUUUGCUGCACUGCUGCAGGUCAGCUCUGCUAAAUUGCACUUGAAUUUUCUCCCGAGUAUUCUACAAUAAAAUUUUUCACUGAAAAGUUCCCGAGUGCUGGCAUUUUAGGACAUGAAAAGUUCUUUCGAACGGCCAAAAUGAACUUGAAUACUACAGAACAUAGUUGAAACGCCCUCAGAGGAGCAUUCACCGUGCAACUGCUAUGUUAAAAUUCAAAAACUUCCCUGGUUAAACGGAGCAAAAACACCUACUACGCCUAUGUGUGUGAUGUUGGCUCAGUGUCUGCAGUACCUUUUCUGUCGAGUAAUAGUCAACCACAAAAUAUGCCUACCGUGUGUGACAAAACAAACUAGGAAUGUGGCCGGCGUUGUAAGUACAGUGACCCCGAUGCAUAUUCAGGGUGUGGGACGAGGUGGCUUAAGCCAUCGUUUCUCUUCACUGCGUUCCUAAAAUGUAAUGAGUCGAUACAGGCUUAAAUCAAAUGAAGUCAAGUUGUUUUAUUUAUUUCUAUCAUAGUUUUGCAGCCAGCGAGCACUGGGCUACAAUUUUCGCGUAAGUAGAUAUCUUUCUCAGAUCUUUGUUGACAUAACGCUCGUGCAUGUUCUGACAAUGUUUUUUUUUUUUUUUUUUUUUUUUUUUUUUGGGGGGGGGGGGGGGCACUCCCAGCCUACUAGGAAAGACAAUUCCAAAGAAACUGAUGUAUGUGCCUAGGUCCAAAAAUAAUUUCCCUUUCGUCACUUUCUGUCAUAACUAUCGAUCACUAACAAUAUAAAGAAGAAAAAGCUCAUUCUAUUUUUUUUCUGGCAACAAGAACCAGCACUAGUGAAUAGAGAGAAUAAAUGGGCGUGCGUACGGGCUAAGGAUGGGUGCGGUUGAUAAUUCGCCAAACACAGUCAUUGGCCAUUACUGCUGCAGAUAAUUCAAAGAAGCAGACAAAUGUCCUCCGUGUGGGAGGCGCGUUAUGUAAGAGGCGAAGCGACCUGAACAUUUGGUACGCUAAGGGAGCUUGACUACCCUCCUUCCGAGAGCUAUAGGCAAAUAGGAGAUCAAAACAAAUAUAUUUUCUCUACCUCUUUCCUGCGGUAUUCUUCAGGAGGAAAUUAAGCUGGUUCCAAAUAGGCUUCACCGUGGAUUCUAACCCUCAUAACGUGUAGGCUGCUCUUAACAGCCGAUCUUUUGCCGCAAGCUUUUUUUUUGUGUGCCCCAUGGAUUAAUCAAGAAUACAACAUUUUCUUGAGUACUGGCCACCUUCUGUAGUUAACCUACCUACGUAAGCAUUCUAUGCACCAAUUGUGAUGAAAUCUGGUGGAGAACGUCUUUGUUUUCUUUUUGUAACUUUUGUCAAGCGUAAGUACUGCUUAGUCAUUAAACACGAAAGUAAAUUUGAAAUGAAUUCAAACAAACACGCGUUAACCCUGAAUGAGAGUUCCUCGAAACCAUUCUACGAGCGCGCGCGAUUUCCGUUCACCUCCGAUGCAGCACUAGUCAGAGCCCAAUCUUUACUUGAAUUAAAUCGUGAUGUGUUCUUCACUUCUUUUUCUUCGUCAUCAUUGAGGAUGGUCACUUUGUUGAAAUGUAAAUACUUGAAUAACGUGUACCCACUUCUAUGACUCAUGCGUAGCAAAUCAGUGACGUUAAAGAUCACGGAAGUUUGCCGUGAGGCUUGUUUCUGUAGGUAUGGUGUGCUAGUCAAUGUGUGCUUUUAUUGUUUGCCCUUGCACGUACGUGCGUUUCCCGGGCACAGCCGUCGACUCUGAUGUAUUUGUGUUGUGUAGCUCCUAAGUUCUCAUUUGUUCAUUAAGCUCAUAUUGAAAAAUAAAGUUCACCCGUUUUGUGUCA